GAGCGUAGCUCGAGCUCCCGCCACCUCUACCGCUCGUGAACCAGUAGCGCGGCUCAGCUGUUUCUGUUUACUAAACAAAGGAGCUAGAAAUCAGUUCAACGGUGGACGGCGAGCGGGUCACGUUCGUGUGUCCGUACACGGGGCACCACAUCUUUUUUUCUAACCUUUUUUUUUUGACCAACCUAAGAAACGAUCUCGCUACAUGAUUGCGAACGAAAAUCGCGAGUGCAUUUAACGAGGAUACUCCUCAUAAGCUCGUCGAUCGUUGACCACGAGAUACCAGACAGGUAUCGGAGGACCAAAGCGCGAAACAAGACGAGGAAACAAAUGCAGUAAACAUGCCGUCGAUGCUGGAAGCGCUGGAGCUGAAGUACGGCAGUUCAACGACCGACUGCUCCCUCACGGACGAGGAGACGGAGUCGAGCUCGCCGAAGGCCGCCCUCUCGGUCAGCAUUUUCAUUCCGAAGAAAUCACCCCGUCACACGGUGCCUGCUCUGCUCGUCUUGCAGGACUGCGACAUCGAAUCGGCCGGGAACGAUGCUGAGAAGCUGCGUAAUAAAUGUAAAAACGUCGAAGAGCUCGAUCUUGCGCAGAAUAAAUUGUCCCAGUGGACCGAAGUGUUCAGUAUACUUCAACAUAUGCCCAAGAUCAAAUUUGUCAAUCUGAGCUUCAAUUCUCUGGCCGAGGUUCUUGAGAUCAAGCAUGGUAGCUAUGAUCUGUUGAAGAAUUUAGUGUUAAAUGGAACCAGGGUUUCCUGGUCCACGGUACAAGGGCUCAUCCGUCUCCUGCAUAAUCUGGAAGAACUUCAUUUGUCCUUGAACGAGUACAAGACGGUCGAUUUGGAUUAUCAGAAGCCAGAGAAUGGGAACGAUUCGUUGAAGAAACUUCACUUCACGGGUAAUCCUGUUGAAGUUUGGAACGAGAUCUCCAAGCUUGGCUACAUCUUUCCCAAUUUGGAGAGUCUUGUAUUAGCAGAGUGUCCGAUAAGGUCGUUGGUUCUUGUGGAUAAUAGGAACUCGAAUGAGGAGACGCCGUGUACGAAGAAAGAGUCGGAGAAUUUGAGUCAGGAUAAUGAGAAUAUGAAUAAUUUGGACGUGGAGAAUACGUCGGUAGACGAGAAGGGGAAUAGGAUAUUCAGCGAGGGGAAGGUGAACUACGACAGGUCCGAGUCUGAGUCAGAGUCCAGUGGAAUCAGUAUCAAAUCCUCCCAUGAUCCUUUCAGGAAAUUGAGGUUCCUGAAUGUGAAUGGCACUCUGUUGUCCACAUGGGAUGAUGUAGAGAGACUAGCCAGGUUUCCUGUGCUGAAAUCUCUGAGGAUCCAGGGUUGUCCUCUUUUCGAGAGUCCUCGAGAGUACACGGAGCAUGAGAGGAGGCAGUUGUUAAUCGCUAGACUCCCAAACGUCGAGACAUUGAACGGCGGCGGUGUGAUAUCCUCACAGGAGCGGGAGGACGCUGAGAGGGCCUUCAUUCGCUACUACAUGGACAAACCGGAAGCUGAUAGGCCCGAAAGGUACUCCGAGCUGGUGGCUAUUCACGGAAAGCUGGAUCCGCUGGUACAUGUUGACCUGACGCCCGAGAAGAGGGUCAAGGUUACAUUCACAUAUGGAGACCUGAUCGAGGUUCGAUCCAUAGACGUGUACAGAACGGUUUUCGAGUUGAAAACCAAACUGGAGACGAUGGUGAAAAUCCCGGCGAACCGGAUGAGACUGUUUUACGUGGAUCAGGUGAUGAAGGCGCAGUACGGACCAGAAGAAAUGUUAUAUCCGAACAAGCAGCUAUAUCGAUACAACAUCCGGAACGGGGAUGAGAUAAUAAUCGACAGCAAAUUGAAUCGCUUCGUAUCGACGUCUUCGACCACCACGUCUUCUAUACGUUCCUGAAGAAGGUUUUUCAGCGAAUCGUCGGACGA